AUGAGGCUGCUCCCGGAAUGGCUUCUCUUGCUCUUUGGUCCGUGGCUCCUGAAGAAGGCCGUCAGUGCCCAGAUACCGGAGUCCGGGAGGCCGCAGUACUUGGAGCUGCGCCCCGCUGCGGCCGGAGGGGGCGCCCCCGCCCAAGGACUCCCGGCGCCGCAGUCUUCCGACGGCCUGGGCACGGCGCGCGCCUGGAGCUGGGCCUGGCCCGCUAACCACACUGCGGCCCUGGCCCGGGUGGGGGCGGCGGGGGCGCUGCCCGCGCAGCGCACCAAGAGAAAGCCGUCUAUCAAAGCGGCCCGCGCCAAAAAGAUCUUUGGCUGGGGGGACUUCUACUUCCGGGUGCAUACCCUCAAGUUCUCGCUGCUCGUGACCGGCAAGAUCGUGGACCACGUGAACGGGACCUUCAGCGUGUACUUCCGCCACAACUCCUCCAGCCUGGGCAACCUCAGUGUCAGCAUCGUGCCUCCCUCUAAGCGGGUGGAGUUCGGCGGCGUCUGGCUGCCGGGCCCCGCCCCCCACCCUCUGCAGUCUUCGCUGGCCCUGGAGGGGGUCCUCCCUGGGCUGGGCCCCCCUCUGGGGCUAGCUGCUGCGGGGGCAGGGCUAGGAGGCACCCUCGGGGGCGCUCUCGCGGGCCCACUCGGGGGAGCCCUGGGAGUGCCCGGGGCCAAAGAGUCGCGCGCUUUCAAUUGCCACGUGGAGUAUGAGAAGACGAACCGCGCGCGCAAGCACCGCCCCUGCCUGUACGACCCGUCGCAGGUGUGCUUCACCGAGCACACGCAGAGUCAGGCCGCCUGGCUCUGCGCCAAGCCCUUCAAAGUCAUCUGCAUCUUCGUCUCCUUCCUCAGCUUUGAUUAUAAACUGGUGCAGAAGGUGUGCCCAGACUACAACUUCCAGAGCGAGCACCCCUACUUUGGAUAGUGCGCCCGGGCCCUGAGCUUCCCGCCAAAUCCCGGCCUCCCUAAGUGAGACUCCUCCCAAUGUCCCGCAACUCCUGUGGCCCCGUCCACCCUUCCAUUCUGGGGACGAGAAGAACAGCCCUCGUGGGGACUAUCAGCUGGCGUGGGUCCCCUUUUCCUUACGGGGAGUGCCUUUGAGGCCCCCUCAGCUACACCCCAAAAUGGAGGAACAAGAGCGCAGCCCCAGAAUAGGCGGUCCCAGCGUCCCCUACGCCCACAUUGGUUCCCCUUGACGACCCCGGCUCUGGGCUGGACACUCCCUUAGGCCGAAGCUUUAAUAACGCCUGGCCUGGCACCCUGAUCCCACCCCGACUUUCUUACCCCAGGCUCUCAUUCUCCUGCUCCACCCUGUCUCCGAGUAAAGACUGUAAAGACGUGUAAGCCAUCCCUUCUGCCUGACGUUUGCCUGUUCCUCUUUCUUCAAAACCCCCAAUUAGGGUAGUGGAAGCAGGCUCCUGGGCGUCGGCGAUGACUGGCCCCUGCCCUCUGCCUGCCUCCUUGCCAUCCCUGCAGUCCUGUUCCACCUGCCCCUUUCCAGCUGCUUCCUCUCGGUGAUAUUUUUUCUACUCCAAAACAGACGGGAAAGGGAACAAAAUAAAGUGAAAUCCAAUACGA